AUGGAAUGUCGCAUUUCCCUGUCAAACAGGUCACGGGCACCAGUGAUAGGACUCGUGGCUGCGGUUCUGUUCGUCUCAUGCUCGAGCGGCCUAUGGAGGAGUGAAGCAGCCGCACCACUAAUAACGCCACAAUGUGAUAAAAAUGAGGAGGUGACCUCUUGUAACUGCGGAUCGGAUGCAAGUUCAAACACAGGAGCCGACGGAAAGAGUAUCAGCGCAACUCUGUCUGAGUCGAGCAAUGGAAUCACUAUUCAUUGUCCCCAAACAGGAUUCAACUUUGUGCCCUCCGAAAAAACGUACGUAUGCACUGGAGGGAAAACGGAGGGGGCUCUGAAAACUUGUGAAGGUGGCAAUGGCAAGAAAUCUCCCAUCACGGAUUUCAUGAUCCCCGUUACCGAGAGCAACUCAAUAGCGUGGACGGAGACAUCCAGUACAACAAAGGAUUAUUCUCUAACAUUACCACCAGGCAGUUUCCCUCUUGUCGACAAAAGCUUUUUCGCUGGCUGCAUGGAAACACGCCAAGACAACGGUAACCCCAAGGAGUGCUUGGUGACAGUAAGCGUCACGGCCAGGACGUCGACCGUGAAAGACGGUGUUCUCACUUGCGCCUACGCCACAGACAGCAACUCCUCUGUUCUAGAAGUAACAUUGAACUCCGAGAACAACUCGCUGACUAUCCAGUGUGGCAGUGAGGGGCAGAUGGAGCCGACGCAGCAAUCUUUGACUGCCUACCACUGCGCCGGCUCCAACACAACAGACUGCCAGAAGGUGAACCUGACUGAGAUCAUGCCGACCUUCACAUCGAGCUGGUGGACAAAGGACGAGCAGAACAGUAAUGCACCGAAACUGGUGAUUCCGGAAGAUGGCUUCCCUGCCCAGGAAGAAACGAUUGUGCUGGGAUGCAGCCACAACAACAAAGGUGUCUCGACGGAUGAGGAGGAUGAAGGUGAUCAAACCGCCGCAGUGGAGCUGCCGACCUGCAAAGUGACGGUGACACUUGGUGCGAAUACGUCCGGUUCACAGGCCCCAAAUGUUUCCUUCCUCGGAUUGUUUACAUUGGUUUUCAUUCCGCUUAUGUGUUCUAUGUCUUACUGA